GUGGCACAAGCUACGCUCCAAGCCUGGGAAGAAGGAGAAGGAGCGUGGUGAGAUCCUGGUGAGCAUCCAGUUUACGCGCAACAACCUCACGGCCAGCAUGUUUGACCUGUCCAUGAAGGACAAGCCGCGGUCGCCCUUCGGCAAGCUGAAGGACAAGGUGAAAGGCAAGAAGAAAUAUGACUUGGAGUCUGCCUCUGCCAUCAUCCCCAGCAGCAUGGGCGCCCUCGACAUGGAGGAUGACUAUGACAUCGGGGGCAAGAAGUCCAAAGUCAAGGGCUUCUUCUUGAAGAACAAGCUACGCAAGUCAUCCCUGACACAAUCCAACACCUCCCUGGGAUCCGACAGCACCGUCUCUUCUGCCAGCCUGGGCCUGGCCGCAAAUGUUCCCGAGGUAACCAAAUCCCCGAGCAGACACAGCAGUCUGUCCACGGACCGCUCUGUGAAAGACUACUUGCCGUCGCCGAAGCUGACCCACAAGAGAGCAUUCAGUGACGAUGUCUCCCAAGUCAGCCCGGUCCUGGAGCCCAAAGCAAUCCAAAGCCUGAAGCCAUGCAUCAACGGGAGCCACGUUUACAGUGACGAGCCUGCACCAAAGAGCCCCGUGUCUGUCCCGCAGAGCUCUGCGCCUCUCCCCGUGCCCAGCGUCCCCAGACGCUUAGCCUUGCAAGAAGAGCUCAAGGUCUCCACGAAAGCCGUCACUCUCAGUAACCAUCUGGGCCGAGCCAAGAUGGAAGAAAACAGUCGCUUAGAGAACAAGCCGACUCAAGCUGCGGCACCCAUGGUCUUCUCCACGGAAAUGACGAAGGACAAACAACCCGAGGAAAUGAGGAAGGAAGACAAGAAAGCGAAGAGCGGCCUCUUCCAUGGGGGCAACAAGAGCGACGCGGGGGGCAAAGGCCAGGGGGAGAAAGUGGGACCCUCCCACGGCUCAUCCGUCCACGUGAUGGCAGGGGGAGAUGAGAGGAAUAAAACCAGCGGUUGGUUUGGUUCAAAGGAGCCCAAAGAGUCCCCUCAGAAACCCAGUCCUCACCCAGUGAAACCCAUCAGCGCUGCGGUGCAAGAGGUCUCCAGUGAGAAGAAGCAGCAGCAGAGGUCCAGCCUGACGACCGCUCUGAGCAACGGCCUGGAGAAGCUGAAGACAGUCACCACGAGCAGCGUGCAGCCCGUGGCUCCGUCCUCUCAGCCGGAGAAAACAGACUCAAAGAAGUUAAAGGACCCCGCCGUACUGGACCAGUCAGCCAAGUAUUAUCACUUGACCCACGACGAACUCAUCCAGCUUCUACUGCAGAGAGAGAAAGAGCUGAGCAAGAAGGAGGAGCACAUCCAUGAACUGGAGAACUACAUUGACCAGCUGCUGGUACGCAUCAUGGAACAGUCUCCCACGCUCCUCCAGAUCCCGCUGGGGGAAAGCAAGACCAAGUAA